ACUUCUAUUGUACGUACCUCGGGUUAAAAAAUCCUUUACAUGUUUGUAAGUUACAAUCUAUAUAGAUGAAACCCACCUUAAUCCGCUCAUGAAUUUGUCUGCAUUUGUUGGCAGGCAGUUUAUUAUACGACAGUGUUUCUGGACUAUAUAAUUAUUUUUUAUGGCAAGCAUUGUCAGUGUGUGGUUAUGCAUUAUCAACUUUACCAUUUAACCGAAUUAUUGCAAAGCAUUUGUAAACAUCUACGGAAUCUUUGGCUGUAACCUUUAAAAUGCAUUCUAACGUAUAAGAUCGAUUGUCCAAAUGGGUGACCCUUUUGCAUCUUCGCCAUACGAAAAUCGACAGGAGGUCGACCAGUGCCAGCUUUCCCCUCCGAUAAAGCACUGUGACAGCGGAUGCGCGUAUAUUUUAUCCCCAAUUUUGGCAGGAAGGCCGAGAAAUAGCUCAACAUUUGAAGGUUGCAAACCGGUGACACAAUCCACCUUCCGCCGCCAGCGCGGAACGGAUGUGACCUUUAACCGCAAUAUUCAUCGGGCAAUCGUGGGAAAAGCGCCACAAAGUGUCGCUCGACGAAAUGCAAGAGAGCGACGCCGGGUACAGGCGGUGAAUUUUGCCUUUGCCAGAUUAAGAAAAGUCCUGCCGACCUACAGCCAAAAAUGUAAACGCAUUUCCAAAGUGAAAACGUUGCGGUUAGCAAUAAAUCACAUCGACAACUUGAGCCGAAUCUUAAAUGCAAGCAACGCUAGUGCUGAACAAUAUUCGCACUCUGAUUCUCAUUCGAAAUCCUGUGGAAAGGCGCCGUUACUUCCGGAGUACCGUCGUUACGCUUCAACCAGCGUUAAUCAUGAAUUAGUGAAAGCUUUUCGCUGUUGUGGCACAUCGUCUGCGUCUUCGGAAUCCUUAUUUCAAGAUGUGAUGAUUGAGUCAAAAUUCCAUACUGUUGAUGAAUGUGAUCUCCGUUACGGAACAGGUUCCUUCACUAACACUACAACAGUAUCAUCGGAACAAUAAGUUCUGCCAAAUAAGAUUCUGAAAGCGGUAAUUAAUAAUGUCUCUCUUAUG